AGUGACGCGCUCUCUUCCAGUUUCCAUGACAGCAGAUCAGCGAGGAAGUCUGGUCAAUGGUCAACCCGCGGUGUCGAGGUGGAAUGACAAGCAAGCUUCACGUGGUGACUCUGGACGAGGAUGUUCCAUUAGCACUUGCUUCUUUAUAUAGUUGUGUGGAAUAUACUCUCCACUCAUUCUGUUGAGUUUUCCCUUGCUUCUGUUUGUCGGCAUUCACUUGCUGGUUUCUUUUUCUUUGUUCUAGUUGUGUUCUUGUUGCUCUAUAAUUAAAAUUAAUGGGUGAAGGGUUGAGGCUACUGAAAAUCACAGUUGUGCGAGGGAAAACAUUAGUGAUCCGGGAUUUCAAGAGCAGUGAUCCUUAUGUUGUGGUCAAGCUUGGCAAUCAGAAUGUUAGUAUGAUUCAUCUAACUGUGUAUCAGACAGCAAAGACCAGGGUCAUCAAUAGCUGCUUGAAUCCUGUUUGGAAUGAAGAGCUAAAUUUCACUCUCACUGAACCAUUGGGAUUUCUCAAUUUGGAGGUAUUUGAUAAAGAUGUUUGGAAGGCUGAUGACAAGAUGGGAAAAUCAUACCUGAACCUUCAGCCAUUGGUGUCUGCAGCUAGAUUGAGGGACAUUUUGGGGAGUUCAUGUGGUGAAACAGCACUGAGGAAGGUGAUGCCAGAGAGAGAUAACUGUCUUGUCCGUGAAAGCAUCAUCAAAAAUAAUGUGAAUGGAGAGGUGGUGCAGAAUGUUUGGUUAAGGCUUGAUGGAGUUGAGUCCGGGGAGCUUGAAUUGACCAUCAAGUUGAUCACUCCUGUUGCCUCUUCGUAGCUUUAGACCUUAGUCAAUUUAUUUAUCUAUUCUUAUUAUAUAAAAGUUAAUACCUGUUAUAAAUAUAUUUAUUGUGAAUAUUCUAGCGAGACGUUGGACCCUUAGCUAAAAGUUGGGUCCUUGGCUAAGAGUUAGACCCUUGGCUAUAAAUAGCCCUUCUCAUGUUCUCUAAUGCAUACAAUCAAUAAUAGAAUUAUCUAUUAUUCUCCUUA